AUGGCUGGCCACUUCUCAACCAUCUUCAGCAGCACUUCGAGCUUUGGAUAUGCGAACAUUGACGUUCCUAUCCAAGACUUGGCUGCGACACAGACUGAGGAUAACCUUUACAUCGACCCUAUCCUCUCCGCCACCACUCAGCGGUUCCUGAACGACACCCACUCCAAGACAUACUUUACGAGCAUGGGCGUUUCCGCUAUUCCACCACCGACGCAACAACGAUUCGCCAGUCCCAUGUCUUCCCACGAGCCGUCCUCCGCCUCGGGCAGCGCCCCGAGUCCCGGUGCUGAGACUGAAUCUUACUACGAGCAUCCCACGACCCCCCCUGAGGUCCCAUCUGUCUUCUCACCCACGCCAGGGCAGUUUGACGACUUCUCGAGCACUCACGACGCCAUCAUCAGGUUCACGGGCUCGGGCAUGAUGCCGAGCUACGGGGCCUGGACUGACGGCGGCAUGAACUCGCUCUACAACGACAACGACAUGGACUACAGCCAGGGCAUGUUCUUUGAGCCGAGCUACACACCCACCCAGUGCGACAUGAGCACCAACCAAAACACCGUCGGCUCCGACUUUAUUCGUCUUGCCAGUCCGGCCGAGGACAUGCCCAUGAUCAAGGAGGAGAUCCAGGCUUCUACUUCUUACUCUUCUCCCCUUAAGCGGGAGCUCGACCACGACAGCGACUCCUCUUCCGAGGAGUCUUCCCUCCCCCCAACCCCCAAACGCCACUCCGACUCUGGCUCUGAAGACGAGCACCGCCCUGCCAAGAAAACCAAACUCAACAACAACAACCAUCCCGCUCCCAUCAUCCAACAACAAUGCAUCCCAACCCAAGCCUGGCACCCCCAGCCUCAACAACAACAACAACAACAACAACAACCGCCCAAGCAGCAGCGGCUCCCCAAACCCUCCCCACGCCGGAUCAACCAUUUGGCUCCCUCCUCGGUAUCCUUCAAAUGCCCCGACUGCAACCGAACCGACUUUCCCGACCGCACCGACUUUGAUACCCACGUCAAGAAGCAGCACACCCGCCCCUUCACUUGCGUGUUCCACUUUGCCGGCUGCGAAGCGACCUUUGCGGCCAAGAACGAAUGGAAGCGUCACGUCAUCACGCAGCACCUGCUGCUGGACUACUGGCUCUGCACAGAGGGUGUGUGCGCCAAGACGAACAAUGGCGGCUGUCGUCUGCCGAAUGGGGCGAUUUUCAAUCGCAAGGAUUUGUACACCCAGCACCUGAAGAGGAUGCACAUGCCUGCUGGGGCGAAGAAACUUUGUGCUGGGAGGGCGAAUAAAGGGGGGGUGUUGACGCCGGGGGAGAAGGAAGAGAUGGCCGGGUGGGAGGUGAGGUUGAGGGAGCUGCAGGAGAGGGGGAAGAGGGAGAGGUGUAAGCUGCCUGAGGUUAUGAGGUGUCCUGUCAAGGGGUGUAAGGUGGGGGAGUUUAGGGGCCCGGAGGCGUGGGAUCAGAGGAUGGAGCAUGUGGCUAAGCAUCUGGAGGGGGCGGCGUUGGGGAGGGAGGGGCAGGUCAGGUUUGGGGGGGAUGAGGAUGGGAGCUUGGUUGAGUGGGCUAGGAGUAGGGAGGUGGGGAUUAUUGAACGGGGGGGACGGGGGGGGAGGUGGGAGUUGAGGAAGGUGUUGGAGAGGCAGGGGGGUGGCGGGAACGGGCAGGUUAGGGGGGGACAGGGACAAAAAGGGAGGGGGGUGAGGGAGGAGAUUGUGGUUAGUGGGAGGGGGGAGGAGGAGGAUGCGGAGGGGGAUGUUGAUGCUGAGGGGGAGGAGGAGUAA